UCAACCAUGCUGAAAUAUAAACAACAGCUAACACUGGGCUAUAAGUUUGUGCAGAAUGCUUCUUAUCUCUCAGGCUGGGUUCAUCCUGUGGUCUCUGAGACUUCCAGGCAAGCUGGCUCCCAGACCCUUUGGAUUUUUGCUUACUCCAGAAUCUUAACCGAGGAAGAGCUCUUGGCACGAGAAAUCAGCAGUAUAUAAAGAGACCAUGGUGAAGCGGGUGGCCAUCGUGGGAGCCGGGGUCAGCGGCCUGGCCUCCACCAAGUGCUGCCUGGAGGAAGGUCUGGAGCCCACCUGCUUCGAGAGGAGCGAGGACCUGGGCGGCCUCUGGAGGUACACCGAAUAUGUGGAAGAGGGCAGAGCCAGUCUCUACAACUCUGUGGUCUCCAACAGCAGCAAGGAAAUGUCCUGUUAUUCAGAUUUUCCAUUCCCAGAAGAUUACCCAAACUUUGUGCCAAAUUCUCUCUUCCUGGAAUAUCUCAAAAUGUAUGCAAACCGAUUUGAUCUUCUGAAAUGCAUUCAAUUCAAGACCAAAGUGUGCAGUGUUACCAAGCGCCCAGAUUUCGCCACUUCUGGCCAGUGGGAAGUGGUCACUCUGCACGAAGGGAAGCAGAGCUCAGCCACCUUCGAUGCAGUCAUGGUCUGCACCGGGUUUCUUACUAACCCUUCUGUGCCGCUGGAUUCCUUCCCAGGCAUCAAAACCUUUAAAGGCCAGUACUUCCAUAGCCGGCACUAUAAACAUCCAAAUAUAUUUAAAGACAAGCGAGUCCUUGUGGUUGGAAUGGGGAAUUCCGGCACCGACAUUGCUGUGGAGGCCAGCCACCUGGCCAAAAAGGUGUUCCUCAGCACCACUGGAGGGGCGUGGGUGAUCAGCCGUGUCUUUGACUCGGGGUACCCCUGGGACAUGGUGUUCAUGACACGAUUCCAGAAUAUGUUCAGAAAUUUUCUUCCAACUCCAAUUGUGUCUUGGUUGAUAGCCAAAAAGAUGAACAGCUGGUUCAAUCAUGAAAAUUACGGUGUAAUACCAGAAGACAGGGUUCAGAUGAGAGAGCCUGUGCUGAAUGAUGAGCUGCCUGGCCGCAUCAUCACCGGGAAAGUGUCGAUCAAGCCUAGCAUUAAGGAAGUGAAGGAGAACUCGGUCAUAUUCAACAACACCCCGAAGGAAGAGCCCAUUGAUAUCAUCAUCUUUGCCACGGGCUACACCUUCGAUUUCCCCUUCCUCGAGGAAUCGGUAGUGAAAGUUGAAGAUGGCCAGGCAUCACUGUACAAGUAUAUCUUUCCAGUGCAUCUGCCGAAGCCAACGCUGGCCGUGAUUAACCUCAUCAAACCUCUGGGCUCCAUGCUGCCCACAGGAGAAACACAAGCUCGAUGGGUGGUCCAAGUAUUCAAAGGUACCACUCUACUACCACCAGCGAGCGUCAUGAUGAAGGAAGUCAAUGAGAGAAAAGAGAACAAACCCAGUGGGUUUGGCUUGUGCUACUGCAAGGCUCUACAGUCGGAUUACAUCCCAUACAUCGAUGAUCUCUUGACGGCCAUCAACGCGAAGCCCAGCUUGUGGUCCAUGUUCCUGACCGACCCGCGGCUGGCCUGCGCCGUCUUCUUUGGCCCCUGCACACCAUACCAGUUCCGCCUGGCGGGCACAGGAAAGUGGGAAGGAGCCAGACAAGCCAUCCUGACGCAGUGGGACCGAGCCCUGAAAGUCACCAAAACUCGCACUGUGCAAAAACCCCCCUCUGCCUUUGACAUCUCGCUUAAACUCUUUGGCUUGCUGGCUUUGCUGGUAGCUGUGUUCUUGGUUUUCCUCUGAGUGAGAGAUCAUCCAGGUGGUUUAUCGACACAGGCUGUGCAGUGCUUUUCACUGCAGAAGUCUUGCCUUCACUUUAUAAACCAUGCCCAAAGAGCAAGGCUAGCCCUCUCUCCCUCUGCUAUUCCCAGACCACCCCCCUCCCCAUCUCAUUAUGUCUAAGGCUCGAGGGUGCACCUGAAGGCUCUGGAAGGUUCCAAGUCCAUUUUAGGGACAGAGCUUUGCCAGACAGAAUUCUGAACAGGUGUCUCUUUAUCCAUAAAAACUACUUUUUCUAAGUGAAGGAAGAGGUGAUAUCGAAGAAGCAUCGUACUCAUAACCUGACUUACAAGAUUGUAGCUCCUGUGAUUGUACAACUCCUUAAAAAUAAAGAAGGGUUUUCUGGGGGGAAAAUACUACUUUCAUCCAUCUAAACUAAAACACCAUACCUCAUUUGAAAAAAAUUGGUUUGCACUAAGAUGAUGCUCAUGUGCUAUUAACUAACGAAAAUUAAAAAAGAAGAGAGGAACCUGAAAUUAUUUCAA